AUGACUCUUCGGUAUCUUAUAAUAAAACAUUCGAUCAUGCUGCACGUAGAGCACGAAUGCGAGCUCCCAAAAGAGGAAGAUGCCCUGUUUCUUCCUGGACGAGGACCGUUACAAAAAUUACACGAUCUGUUCCGUCUGUCAUUGAUGGCAUCGAGUUGGAAUCCAGCCGCACAGAAAUAUUUACGAAGCAGCGCGUCCAUAGUGCACGAAAAGCGUCGCCAAUUGCGGAAUUACUCGUACAUCAUACACCCGUUCAGCAUGUUUAGCUUCCUACACGAGUCCACUGUGCUGGCGCGUAACGACCUGGUCCGUUGCAGGCAUUACUGGGACAUCCUGAUGAUUUUCGUGAUCACCACCGUGUUGGUGCUGGUUCCGUAUCAAUCGGCCUUCGAAAUGAUUAUGCGAUCCCUGGCCUGGAGCGUCGUCAAAAAUUUCUUGCUGCUUAUGUGUUGCUUGGACAUGGUGGUCAACUUCAGAACGGGAUACUUGGAUAAGGAAGAGCACGCGGUGAUACUGGAUCAGAAGAAAAUAAUGAAACGAUACAUCAAGUCCAGUACGUUCUUACCCGACUUCAUAGGCUCCUUCCCAACCGAUCUGUUUUUCCUGACCAAAUGGCUCGAGUACAAGGUGUCCCGCAAGACGAUAUCCAUGAUCUGCAUCUGUCGAGUGUUUUCCCUAAGCACGUACAUAAGCAGAAUGGCGUUUGUCUACGACAUGCCGUUGGCUGUGUACGAGUUCUGCGUCAUAUUAGUCCUGCUGCUGUUAGCGUUGCAUUGGCAGGCCUGCUUCUUUUGGCUGGUGCCUAUAGUGGCGACUUCGAUGGGGGUGCCCCAGCGUCCCCAAAACUCUUCCUGGAUACACGGAGCGAACCUCUGGGAGGCCUCGAGGAGCCACCAGUAUAUGUCCUCCAUGCUGCGUGCAAUCGCCACGUUCUUAAGGUCUGGGCUGAUUCGCACACACAAAAAGAACGUGGGAGACCUAUACAUGGUGAUCUUGUUCCAAGUGUUGGGCAUUCUGGCACCGUGGAUCCUGGUGGCUCGCGUAAUGCAGUUCUUCAAGGGUACCAACAGCUCGAAGCUCAGGUACCAAGGCACCGUGGCCCAGUUGAGGCAGUACAUGAGGCACAUGCAACUACCUCAUUCAACCCAGAAGAGAAUCAUAGAGUACUACGAGUUUCGCUUUCAGCGUCGAUUCUUCCGCGAGCCAGAGAUUCUGCAUACGCUGUCAGUGCAGAUGCGCCACGAGAUCAGCAUGCACUCCUGCCGCAAGCUCGUAGAGAACGUCACCUUCUUCAACAACCUACCCCUCUCGUUGCUUGGACGCAUCGUGGGGCUGCUGAAGUCAGAAGUGUUCCUCACCAACGACGUGAUCGUGCGCGCUAAUCAGACAGGUGACUGCAUGUAUUUCAUCGCCACUGGUACCGUGGCCAUUUACACGACCUCUGGCAAGGAAGUGUGUCACCUGCAGGACGGAGCCCACUUUGGGGAAGUCGCGUUGGUCAUGCCCGACGAGAUGAGGGUGGCCAGCGUGGUCGCGGUAGAAGUGUGCGAGCUUUAUCGCUUGAAUAGGGUAGACUUCGCUAGGACUAUACACCCGUAUCCUAUGUUGUGGGAGCGAAUCAAGCAGAUUGCUAUCGAGAGACACGAGAAAACUAUGAUCUUGAAUGCACAGUGA